AUGGCCCUUAGCUCCCAAAUCUCACCUUCUCUAACAAAAUCCCAAUACCCACGCAAUCCGUUCAAUUCCCACCUCAAUACCAGAAAACCCUCAAAUUUCCUCACAAUCAGCUGCAGCCAAAGCCAGCCCAGUGAAAACCAAGACUCAAAUGCGGCGAGCAAACAGCAAAAGAAGCUGUCCGAACAAUCCUCAUGGGAGUCGAAGGAUUCCGAGGGCAAGGACUACUUGUACAGGCUUGGGUCGGAGGCCGACAACAUGAACAUUGCCGUUGGAGCUAGGGCUGGCGCCAUCGAUGACAUCUUCACCGGCACUUUUCUCGGCAAAGACGCGGAUAUUGUGUUUGAUUACCGGCAAAAGGCCACGAGGUCGUUCGAGUAUCUUCAGGGGGAUUAUUACAUUGCGCCGGUUUUCAUGGUGCGUUUGUUGUGCCAUAUUGUGAAGAACUAUAUUGCUCAUCUUCUCGAUGCGAAAGUUCCACUGAUUUUAGGAAUAUGGGGAGGGAAAGGGCAAGGUAAAACUUUUCAAACCGAAUUAAUUUUCCGGGCGCUGGGGCUCGAACCUAUUAUCAUGUCAGCUGGCGAACUGGAAUCGGAAAGAGCAGGAGAACCAGGAAAGUUGAUUCGUGAACGGUACAGAACUGCUUCUCAAGUGGUUCAGAACCAAGGAAAAAUGAGCUGUUUGAUGAUCAAUGAUAUUGAUGCUGGACUGGGUAGAUUUGGUGACACUCAAGUGACUGUCAAUAACCAAAUAGUGGUUGGGACUCUCAUGAAUAUAGCAGAUAAUCCCACAAGAGUAAGCAUAGGGCAAGUUUGGAGAGACUCAGACAUUACAAACAGAAUCCCAAUUAUUGUCACGGGAAAUGAUUUUACAACACUUUAUGCUCCAUUGAUUCGUGACGGAAGGAUGGAUAAGUUCUACUGGCAGCCCACUCAAGAUGACAUUGUAAACAUUGUCCGGAGAAUGUAUGAGAAAGAUGGCAUAACAAGGGAUGAAGUUGUCAGCAUUGUGAGGGAAUUUCCCAAUCAAGCAUUGGACUUUUAUGGUGCUCUUAGGUCAAGAACAUAUGACCGCUCAAUCCUAAAGUGGGUAAACGAUGCUGGAGGUGCGGAAAACCUUGGGACAAGACUUCUCAAACAGAAAAAGGAAGGAAAACUUCCAGUAUUUACAGCUCCAAAGCAAACUGUGGAAGCUUUACUUGAAUCAGGGUAUGAUCUCGUUGAAGGGCAAAAGCUUAUAAUGGAAACAAAGCUUUCUAAAGAAUACAUGAAGAACAUCGAUGACUAG